UCUCCAUGUUGAAUCUCAGUAGAAGACCAUGACCAUCUCAAUGUCUAAUCAGACUGCUGUCACUGAGUUUAUCCUCCUCGGGUUUCCAGGUCUACAGUCGAAUUUCUUUCUUCCAGUCUCACUUACAAUGUUUGUUGCCUACAUUGUUUCACUGAUUGCAAAUAGCACAGUCAUCAUAUUAAUUAUCCUGAGAGAACAACUCCACCACCCCAUGUAUAUUAUUAUUGCUAACCUCGCUCUCUCUGACCUUCUCUUUGACACAAUAACAUUACCUAAAAUCAUUUCCAAAUAUUGGUUUGGAGCAGGGUCUAUAUCAUUCAACUGGUGCUUCUUCCAGCUUUUCUGUGUCCAUUCCCUUGGAAGUCUUGACUCCUUCAUCAUUAUGCUGAUGGCUGUUGAUCGUUAUGUUGCUAUCUGCAAACCUCUCAGGUAUCACUCCAUUAUCAGCAAUAGGCUGGUGACUCUGCUCUGCUACAUUGUAUGGCUAUUUGCUGUCCUGAUUGGAUUAGCUAUUACAUUAAAUGCUGGACUCAUUCCUUACUGUGGACCUAACCGUGCCAAGAACUGUUUCUGUUCAAAUGCAACAGUAAUAGUGCUGUCGUGUGUUGAUGUUUCCUUGGAGAGAAGAAAGAUUUUUAUUAUUGCUAUGUGUGUGCACCUCUUCCCAUUGACUGUUAUUAUUCUCUCAUAUAUUCUCAUAAUCAGGGUUGUGCACUUAUCAGCCAACAAUGAGACCUGGCAGAAGGCAUUUUAUACCUGUACCACUCAUUUAUUUGUCAUUGGCUUGUACUUUAUCCCCAGGUUGUUUUUAUAUAGUACAAAUCAGAUCCCUUUGUUUCUUGAUGUUGACAUCAAUGUCUUUAUUCUGUGUCUCUACACAUUCAUACCCCAUUUAGCCAACCCAAUUAUUUUUUGUCUCAGAACCAAGGAAAUAAGAAAUAUUUUGGUGCAAAUGUUCAAAAGGAUUUGCCUUAGAUGUGAGCACAGAUCUUGA